AUGGUCUCGACAUUUCAGAUGCAGGCUUUCUACAGGCCCAACCCAUUGACAGUCGACACCACACAAGCCCAAAAGUACUUCGAGGAGGACAGCAACAGCAUCCUCGACGACAGCAUCAUGGAUCAUAGCGCUUUGGACUCGGGUCUGGAGAUGUCGCCACCCAUGGCCAACAGCCGCCGGGAUUCCUUCGCUGUUUCCUCGUCGUUAUUUUCGCCCAAAACUGAGGACUGGCAAUCAGUCGACAUGCAGUCUGUGCCCUCGAACAAUCCGUUCCUGGAGCCGCAGAACAACAACCCCUUCAUGCGAAUGGACCAACAGCAAGGCUACACCCCUCAGGCGCAGUGGAAUCUCGGUCAUGGCUCAGGUACCUGCACACCAUUACAGCAGUACGAUGGUUUGGCUGCCGAGUACGAUGGCAACGCCUCCGUCUUCCAACAGCCCAUGCCCACGCAGACACCAUUCAGCAACCCUACCGGACAGGUCCCCUUGUUUUCCGCAGUGGGCUCCAACAACCAUUCGAUACCAACGUCCCCGAUGAAGGGUUGGAUGGGUCCUGACCUCAAAAACCAUCAGUCCAUGGCAAAGCGAAUGCGCCCUGACAGCCCUAGCAUUCGAUCGCAUAAUGACUUGCGACGUGGUGACGGGAUCAGGAAAAAGAACGCCAGAUUCGACAUUCCCGCUGAGCGCAACCUUACCAACAUUGAUCACUUGAUAGCCCAAUCUACCGAUGAGCAGGAGAUCAAGGAGCUGAAGCAGCAGAAGCGUCUUCUGAGGAAUCGCCAAGCUGCGCUUGACUCCAGGCAACGAAAAAAGCAGCAUACCGAGCGUCUCGAGGACGAGAAGAAGCAGUACACUGUUGUGAUCAGCGAGAUGGAAGAGACUAUCGCCGACCUCAACAUGAGGAUGGACCAGCUCCUCCGCGAGAAGGAGUACUAUCACAACACCAUCGAGAACCAGAGAAUCGAGAAGGAAGAACUCAUCCAGACGCACACGAUUGAAACUGGCGAGUUGCGCAAGAAGGUCAGUGUCCUCACUGACCACGUCAAGAGACUCGAGACCGCAAACAUGCCCAGCAACGCCGGCUACACCAACGCCUUCAACGACAUGGAUAUGGCCAUGGAUCCCUCGUGGGAGAACAUGGGCUUCAUGGGAGAAUUCCCGAUGGAGCAAGAGGUCAAGCACGAAUUGCAGAUGGUCCCGGCCAAGAAACCCGAGAUUAACCUGGCUGCUGAAGUUGAGAAGCCCUCUACUCAGGGUGGACUUCUGUUCAUGCUCUUCCUUGUUGGUGCAUUUGUGCUCUCUAAUCGUUCCACUCCAAGCAUCCCUCGCGUCUCCGAGGAUGUGCGCGAGGCUUCUGCAACCCUUCUCGAGAACAUCUUCAAGGAUGCCGGCGUAGCGCAGGUUCCGGACAACGUCGUCGCCGCCGCUCCUCGCCCGUCUGGCACCGGUUGGGCCACGUCAACUCCUACACCGAUGCACGGUGGUGGUAUGCACGGCAUCGCGCCGUCGGCACUGGGUGACCUGAGCGAUCGUCUCACUCAACCUACCCAAGAGCAGGCCAACGAACAGCUGUUCUCCAUGACCCCAGCACAGUACAACGGAGUAACGUCGCAAGAUUUUCUACAGAACGCACCACCUCGGCCCACAGGCCAGGGCCGACGAAACCUCGCAGAUUCACUGGCAGCAAUGCGCAGCAACGACAAGCAGUCCGCUGCCGAAGUCUACACUAGAUCUCUCCUUUGGGACCAGAUCCCUAGCGAUGUUGUCAGAAACUUCGCCAAAAUGGUGGCCGAGGCCAAUACUCGUAAUGAGCAUCAGUCCGGCAGUAACGCGAUAUCAUGA